AUGGAAUGGCCGGCUCGCGCUGUUUCCGAAGGCGGCUCAAAAAAGGAAAAACGCGCUGCUGGCAAGGCGGAGCUGCUCGCGCAGCGCGAGGCUGCGCUCCGUCGCGAGCCAGCCGACCUGCUCGGAGAGCAGCUCUCGCGCAACUGGUCCUUUCUUGGCGAUGAGUCGCAGGGCGCGCUGAGCCGCUCGCUCGUCGUCAUCGUCGGGCUCGGCGCCUCGGGCAGCCAGGCGGCGGCGCUGCUUGGCCGCUGCGGCGUCGGCUGCCUGCGCCUCGUCGACCCGGCAGACGUGACCGCCGACUCGCUCGCGCACCACGCGGUGGCGACGGCAGCAGACGUCGGCCGCGGCCGCGCGGAGGUCUCGCGCGAGGCGCUUCGGGAGACCGUCCCCGCGCUCGCGGCCGAGACGGCGAGCUCGCUGGGCGGCCGCGCGGCGCUCGUCCUGACGCGGUGGCGUGCCGAUCGGCCGGCGGCGGUGGACAACGCGAUUCUCCUCACGAAGCGGGAGGCGGAGGAGCACGACACGGCGGGUAGCACCGAAGCCGUCCCCGCCGAGGCGGCGGCCGCGAUCGAGGCGGCGCUCGCAGCGGCGAGGACGGAGGAGAGAGCGGAGCCGGUAGCCGGAGGGGGUCUGCUGGCUAGCCUGCAGUUGUGA